AAAAAUCCUGACAGUGGAUUCUUGGCUCUUGACUAAAAUCGAAAUGAUGCCAGCUAGCAGCAAGAUAAUGUCAAUGUACAUUGUUCAGGAGAAAUUUUAGAAGUGGAAUUAUUCAACAGACAUGUUAACUAAAUGCAUUGUUAUUUAAUAUGUCAGAAAAAGUUAAAGAAAAAAUAUUUCAGAAUUUAUUGACGUUUUCCAAGGGAAGAUAACUGUCAGUCUGUGGACUGAGGCCUACUCGACCUAGUUAGUAGUACUGGAAGUGGAGGGUGGCUUCCAGUGUCCAAUUGGAACACUGAUGACUGAAUAACCAACUAUACGUUUCUUCUCUUGUUUAAAUGUGUUGCUCUCACAAGUGAGAGACAGGUUAAAAUUAAAGAUGUCACGCUAUGACGUGGACAAGUUUGUGCCACCACCAGAUCAAGAAUUAAUAUGCUGUAUUUGUACUAAUGUUCUGGAUGAACCUAUGGAAUGUCCAUGUAGGCAUGUGUUUUGUAAGGUCUGCAUUGAGACAUGGUUGAAUAACAAACAUAACUGUCCAACCUGCCGUAAUCGUGUUGAAAAAAAUGACUUAAAAACAGUUUUACCCUUAGUUAGAAAUAUGCUAAAUAAAUUAACACUGGCAUGUGACUUUGUAACUAAUGGCUGCAAAGAUAAGAUAACAUUAGAAAAAUAUUCUGUUCACAUUAAAAUUUGUGGAUACGAGAUAGUUGUAUGCAAAUAUCCUAAAUGUUCUCAGACAAUGCUAAGAAAGUUGAUUCAAGUACAUGAAGAACAGCAGUGUAUGUACCGAGAAAUAGCUUGCAAGAAACAGUGUGGUUUAAAGAUUCCUUUAACAGAAGUCAACAGUCAUGAUUGUUUGGAAGCUCUUAAAGCCUAUUGUGAAGCUAAAAACAAGGAGUAUGAUGUUCUACAAGCAGAAUUACUGGAACUAAAAACAAAAUAUGAUUUAUUACAACAAGAAGUGAACACAUUGAAGAAAGAGUCUAGACGCAGACAUUCGUCAUGGGAUUCAAGUUCAACUUCAAGUAGAUAUAGUGAUAUAAGUCAUUUAAGUAGGUCAUCACGAAGUGUAUCUCGUAGUCCAUCGCGUACUCCCGAUCGCAGUCUAUCCAGAAGCCCUGUCAGAUCUUUUCACAGUUCUGAUUCUUCGAUGGAUUCUUUCCCAUUACCAUAUGUAGAGAGAGCUGAACAAGAGGCCAUUUUAAACAGCAUAGCCACCAUUGACAACAGUAUUCAUGUAACAACCCCUGCAACUCCACCACAGGUUCCAUUUACAGAUUUUACAAGUACUGUUACCGUGGCUACACCACCUGAUCCUAACAGGUGUGAUUUAUGUAAUUUACAUAAUGAUUUAUGUGAUUGCCAUUUGAACCAAAAUCAACCGAAUGAAACGACCACCAGCGGUAGAUCAACCCGACUGAGGUGCAAUUCUUGUCAGCUAGACAUCGACUUGUGCGAUUGCCCUUUAAAUACAGAAAGGGAGAUAGUUCGAAUAAAUCAAAAUGCCACAUUGAAUGUUACAGGUGAUACAGAGAGCUCAUGCCAUUCUGAUAACAGUGACAGAUGCCCAAGUCGUUAUUCUAGGAGUUCUUAUCACUCAGACCAUGAUGAUAAUUCAGAUUUCUCCGAUUUUGAAAGGAGACUGUAUAGAAAUUCAAAUAAUUUUAGUGAUUCGGUAAGAAAUGAACCAUGGGAUAACAAUUCUGAAGAUCAUUCUAACCAUAGCACUGACCCGCAUAAUACGAGUAACAGAUAUGAUAGUUCAUUUAGCAGCACAAGUGUUAGUAAUAGACUAGAUCAUGAUGAAAGAAGUCAUUCUAGUCUUGAAAAUAAUAGUCACUCAAAUGAUUCUCAUCAUUCAAGAGAUUCUGAGUCAUCAGAUAUUAGCUUUACAAGACGGAGGAACAAAAGAAAAAGAUCGGAACGUUAUUCCCGUUCAAGUAGAAGUAUUACGGACAGUUCCGAUUCAGAUGAUUCGGUGGCUGGUUUUACCUCGUCUCAUAACAGAUCAUCUUCUAAAUCCAAGAAAAGACUGAGAUCGUCUGAUUCGACUCCAACAACUUCACAGACCGAUAAUACACCACCAUCACAUAAACCAUCUUCACCUCGUAGACAAGUAUCUCCUGAUGUGGAUUAUCGUAGAAGUGAUUCAGUGUUAGCCUUACGAGAAGAGCUGUUGUCUCUACGCGACUCAGAACAAUCUAGUGAUAACAGUUCAGAUAAUCGUGAUGACGAUUAUUCUUCAGAAAAUGAACAAUGUUAUGGCAUUGGAACACUGGUGCAGGUGGAUUAUGGAAAUGGACGAACAAUUUUAAAAAUAGCCCGUUCUACAAGAGAAGUAGCGGAUGAAUUUCAUAUUCCUAUCAAAAAAAGUUCUGGAUCAUCAUCUAGAUCAGCAUCUGGUGACAGACAUUCAGAUGAUAGUGAUUGUCAACCAUCAACAUCAACAACCACAGCGCCCUUGACGGGUCGUAGUCGAAAUCGGAGAAUAUCUAGUGAUUCUAAUACAUCUGAUGCUGCAAAGUCACCAUAAUAAUAUUUUUUACAUAUUAUGUUAAUACACAAAUAUUUUUCUGUGAUACUGAUAGCCUAUAUUUAAUUUCAACCAUGUUUAAUUGUUUGAAAUGCUUUAGUAGCCUAGAUAAAAACUAAUGUUUAUUUUAGCAUUUACUAUAUAUCUCGUAAUUUAACGGUAGACACAUACAUAUAUAUCAAUAUAUUAACAAUGUGCAUGGUAAUCUGUUUACCCUGUAGAAAGCUGUUAUUACAUUUGGUUAAAUUUUUAAUUGGAUCUUAGGCUAUCACUUAAUAAAACCAAUUUUUAUUUCUAUUCACUUUCAAUAAUAUAGUUUUAGCAUAUUCCUUUGUCUUUAUUUUUUUGUAUUACCAUAUUUAAAACUACUGUUUUUGGAAACUAACAGGAGUAAUCAUGUAUAAAAAAUUUGUGUGUACAGCUGACUUUAAACUAAGAAUGUGCUCUCUCCAAAUAUCAAAUACAUGUACAGUACAUACUGAUAUAUUGUAUUUCAGAACUGAACUAUAACUGUAUACUUUUUUGCACUCAUUGAGCAGGACGGAGGGCCUGACAAGGAAAGCUGUCUAGUCGUUCGGAUGGGACGAAAAACCGAGGUCCCGUGUACACAUUGGCGUGCACGUAAAAGAUCCCUUGGCAGUUGGAAUUCGAUAUAAGAGUAGGCCGAAGUGCCGCUGUCCGGGCAAAAUUUCCCUCAUAGCACACUGUAUGGCGUAUGCCCGUCUUCAUUAGCCCAGGUUAGGAGCAGAACAGUAGGACGUUAAACUCCAUUUCAUUUCAUUUCAUUGCACUCAUUGAACCAACUUAGUUACUCAUAAGACUAUUUAUUAUAUACUCUUCAAAAAAAGUAGGGAUAUUCAGAAACAAUACAAAACUGCGGAAAUGCACUGCUGUUUUUAUUAGAGGUAACCAGUGCAUGUUAAUAACAGGCCAAUUGCCUACACAUGAACAUAAACAGUUCAUAUGGGUGGCUUAUCUGAUGGCCCCAUUUCACUCGCAAAGAGAUACACUGUCAAAAGUGAAAAUGGAUGUUUUUGAUUUUUGUCUUAAUAAUGAGUAAUUGCUCCACCAAUCCUCAGGCAUUCAGCAAUUCAUUAUGACAUGCUCCUAAUCAACCGUCCAAUCAGAAUUUGGGGCAAUCUGACCCACUCCUCUUGCAGUGCCACGGCCAAUUCUUGCAGUGUUGUCGGUUGAUGUUGACGUCGACGAACACGUCUCCCGAUCAUGUCCCAGACAUGCUCUAUAGGGGAAAGGUCAGGACUCCUGGCUGGCCAAGGCAUAUGGACAAUAUGGUGAUGCUGGAGGUAGUCAUUCAUGGCACGAGCGCGGUGGGCACGGGCAUUAUCAUCUUGAAAGAUGAAACGUCGACCUGCACGUUGAGCAAAGGGCAGAACUGUCAAUGCCAGGAUGUGGUCACGGUAGUACACACCAGUGACCCUUCCUUAAACAAUUUCAAGUCCGUUCUGCCAGUCAUGACGAUUUCUCCCCACACCAUAAUCUGUCAUGCUGUCUGACCUUAACGUUAGCAUGACGCUCAUUUACACGCCUCCAAACGCAAGUACGCCUAUCGGUGAAAUCCAGAGUAAAUCUGGACUCAUCUGAGAACAUUACACGCGCCCAUCGACGAUUACCCCAAUUUCUACGCUACCUACACCAUUGACGCCUGUUUGCCAUGUGCUGGCGAGUUAAUGGAGGCACAACACGUAGUCGUCACGCAUGCAAAUGGGCAGCAUGUAGCCGAUUUCUUAUCGUUUGGGGUGUAACUCGAAUUCCUGUAACUUGGUACAAGUUUACAGAAAGCUGAUUGGCCGUUUGUCCUCAAUUUUGCAGGACCCUUGUACGAAUGUAUCGAUCCCGGGCUUGUGUAGUGGCUCUAGGACGACCUGAAGAGGUCUGUCAUCAGCAUUGUGGGUUUGUUGGUACCGGUUUGCUGAUCACAGACUGUGACACAUUAAGCAUGUUGGCUACUGCUCGCUGUGUAGAACCCAUUUGAAGCAUGUAGACGUUCAUCAUAUUGAAGACGUCUCAUUGCAAAUUAAACAUAACACACUAAAGCAAAGAUACACUAAACAGUAAAUCUGAUGCAAGAACCGAUAGGAAAGCAAACAUGGAUAGAAUUAACCGGCACACGGCAGUUUUCAUCAACCCUUCCUUGAAGUGUCAAAUUUUACAAUGAACCCCUCCCACGUGUAUGGCACUAUUGUGUGGUGCAUGUGCAGCUCAGUGGUUCUGUUGGGGAGAUAAGUUCUUCAUCUGUGAACAUACUCUCAAAGCAUGCCAAGUGUCCAUGACUAUUUAUCAUAUCUCAACCUGCAUAGGUAUUUGCAUCUGAAUAUCCCCUUCUUUUUUUUUGAAGAGUAUAUAUACAGUAAAGCAAAUAUAACCAGAUACAAGGUCUGUAAAGGAGCAGGAUCACAUGUCUAGUAGGGCACUACUCUUAAAAGUGGGGAGCCACGGUGACUCAGAGAGUAUGGACCUUGCGGCCGUGGGUUUCCUCCCACUGCGAAAAACCUAUAUGCACAAGUGAAUUAUUGAAAAAAAAUUAAACCAUGUUAGUCCUGAAAUGACCUAGUUUGUGUCCAGUGGACAAUCUCUCAGACUUGAGUUGUUUUGAUGGAUCAGAUGACCUAAUAUUUAAGCCUACCUGACUAUCAGAAAUACAUGUACUGUAAAAUUCCUGUCUUUACCCUUUUCAUAGAGAGCACAUAGCAUGUUGUUGCCUGGCAGUGUUACAUAGUAGAAAAUGUGUUUGUAAAUAAUGAGCUUCAUUCAGUUUAUUGCUAUACAACAAUACACAAAGAUAUUUUUGUCAAAAUCAAUGAGAGUUGUGUGUGUUCUAUCAAAAUGUCUGCUAAAUAUGGUCUCUUGGCAUCAGUUCAUUAGUGCUAAAUUAAUAUGUUAAGACAUAUCUUGAUUGUGAUUUAGUUUGUUUAUUUUAUUGGAUAAAGAGUGAUAAUAUAAUGUAUAUGAAACAAGUUUUCUAGUAUUUAAUGACUGAUAUUUUAACACAAAUUAGCUGGGUAUGACUUAAUAUAACUUUCUCAUUAUAUCUGAACAAGUACAUUAUCAGACAAACAAAGCACUUGCAUCAAUGUACUAUAAUCAUGUAUCCUAUAUCCAUACACAAUAUCGUCGGUGAAGUGUCAAAAGGGUGUAUCUAAGAAUUUCUAAAGAUUAAGAAAUAGAACCUUUUGCAUUUCAAAAUUUCCACAAAUACAACAUUUUUUGGACACAUGAUACCCAGAAUAGUUCUAAUUGGCAUAGAGAUACACAGCUUAGAAAGAAAUGUGCAUAUUAAUUGGGAGAUUUUAAAAAUGCAAAAAAGUGUAUUUGACUAAUUUCCCCCGAGAUACACCCUUUUGACACUUCACCUACGAUAUGCUUUAUUUUAUGUGUUUAGAAGAUAAAAGAAAAUCAUUAUCGUUUCAUUAGUUCAUGGAUGUUUGGUCUAACCUACAGUAAUAUAUUUCUAAAAAUACUGUAUAACAAAAA